UUGGUAAGCGUACAAGAAUGAAGUUCACAAUUACUUUACUGCUGGCUGCGAUCUGCGUUAUGGCCGUGUCGGGCCAUGAGAGGCCUCCUUACCUGCCCCGCCCCACUUUCCGGCCCUAUGCCCGUGUUGUUCGUGAGGCGGAUCCUGGAUACGAGAGGCCUCCUUACCUGCCCCGCCCUACUUUCCGGCCCUAUGCCCGUGUUGUUCGUGAGGCGGAUCCUGGAAGCGAGAUAUCUGUUUCCCGUGUUGUUCGUGAGGCGGAUCCUGCAUACGAGAGGCCUCCAUAUCUGCCACGCCCCACUCCCCGGCCAUAUGCCCGUGUUGUUCGUGAAGCGAAUCCUGCAUACGAGAGGCCUCCAUAUCUGCCACGCCCCACUCCCCGGCCAUAUGCCCGUGUUGUUCGUGAGGCGGAUCCUGGACACGAGAGGCCUCCAUAUUUGCCACGCCCCACUUUCCGGCCUUUUCGCGUAGUUCGUGAAGCUUCACCAGAAAAUGUGCCAAUGAUUGAGGAUGUCUACCAAUAUUAGAAGUUAAAUAAGUGACUGGCAACUUAUUACCAAUAUUUAUGUUUGAAUAUAUAAGUUUAAAAAUUAAAUUGAAUAAAAUUUAAAUAGAUUGAUUCAAUAAUGUCGGUCUUCGGUU